GUCACGCGCCGGCCGGCGGGGUUCAGCCUGUUGCUGAUGCUGCGGCGCUGUAUUCACCAUGGGGCUGGCGUGUCGAGUCUGUCCUGUCCGACUGUGGCUGCUGCUGCUGUCGCUCCUGCUGGGCCUCGGCGCAGUUUCAGGAGCUGCCAUCGACUGGCCCGCACAAGAAGGCAAGGAAGCAUGGGAUUAUGUGACCGUCCGAAAAGAUGCCCACAUGUUCUGGUGGCUCUAUUAUGCCACCAACCCUUGCAAGAACUUUUCAGAACUGCCCCUGGUCAUGUGGCUUCAGGGUGGUCCAGGCGGUUCCAGCACUGGAUUUGGAAACUUUGAGGAAAUCGGGCCUCUGGACACCCAUCUCAAGCCACGGAAUACCACCUGGCUGCAGUCGGCCAGCCUCCUGUUUGUGGAUAACCCUGUGGGCACUGGCUUCAGUUACGUGAACACUACCGAUGCCUAUGCAAAGGAUCUGGACACGGUGGCUUCAGACAUGAUGGUUCUCCUGAAAUCCUUCUUUGAUUGCCAUAAAGAAUUCCAGACGGUUCCGUUCUACAUUUUCUCAGAAUCCUACGGAGGGAAAAUGGCUGCUGGCAUCAGUCUAGAACUUCACAAGGCUAUUCAGCAAGGGACCAUCAAGUGCAACUUUUCUGGGGUUGCCUUGGGUGACUCUUGGAUUUCCCCUGUGGAUUCAGUGCUGUCCUGGGGACCUUACCUGUACAGCAUGUCUCUCCUUGACGACCAAGGCUUGGCCGAGGUGUCCGAAGUUGCAGAGCAAGUCCUCGAUGCUAUAAACAAGGGCUUCUACAAGGAGGCCACUCAGCUGUGGGGGAAAGCAGAGACGGUCAUUGAAAAGAAUACAGACGGGGUAAACUUCUAUAACAUCUUAACUAAAAGCACUCCCGAGACCUCUAUGGAAUCGAGCCUUGAAUUCCUCCGAAGCCCCUUAGUUCGUCUUUGUCAGCGCCACGUGAGACACCUCCAAGGAGACACCUUAAGUCAACUCAUGAAUGGCCCCAUCAGAAAGAAGCUCAAGAUUAUCCCUGAGGAUUGCUCCUGGGGAGCCCAGUCAUCUUACGUCUUCAUAAGCAUGGAAGGGGACUUCAUGAAGCCUGUCAUCCACAUUGUGGAUGAGUUGUUGGAAGCUGGGGUCAAUGUGAUUGUGUAUAAUGGACAGCUGGAUCUCAUUGUGGACACCAUGGGUCAGGAGGCCUGGCUGCGGAAGCUGAAGUGGCCACAUCUGUCCAAAUUCAACCAGCUGAAAUGGAAGGCCCUGUACAGCAAUCCUGAGUCUCUGGAAACAUCUGCGUUCGUCAAGUCCUAUAAGAACCUCGCCUUCUACUGGAUCCUAAGGGCGGGUCACAUGGUUCCUGCAGACCAAGGGGCCAUGGCUCUGAAGAUGCUGAGGCUGGUAACUCAGCAAGAGUAGCAUGGCCGAGCUGAGCGGAGCUGGCUGGGCCUGCAGACCCUGGAGCAGAGCCAAGGAUGGAGGUGCUAAUGUCACAGGCUCUUCCCUGGCUGUCCUGUGGGAUGUGACUAUGGGGGCUCCUGCCAUCUCCUUCCUAUACACUGGAAGACCGUGGCUUCUGUGACAACUUAGAAAUCAGUUCUGCUUUGUAAAGAGCAUUCAAAACCAUACUCAUUUAAUCAAAAUGAAGGACUGUAAUGGACAGACCUCUUAAUACCAAAACAAAUGAUAACACAUGCAACUUCCAGCACUUGGGAGGUAGAAGCAAGAAGAUCAGAAGUUCAAGAUCACCCUCAGCUAGGCUGCAAGUUCAAAGCCAGCCUGCACUAGAUGGGAGUGACAUAUCGAGAACAAUAAACACCCACUGAGCUGCCCACUCAGUGUCCAUGCCUAUAGGUCUUUUGUUUGCUACAUAUACCUAUAUAUUUUUACAAAGAUGGAAUCCAUACCGUAUGCUAUUUUGCUUUCUAUUUUGUUCACAUAUCAACAGGACCUGCACUACUUUUCCUGUCAAUAAAUGUGCUGUGAUGUUUUUAAA